UCAAAAAAAAAAAAAAACCCUAACUUGACAAAAAACAGAACGGAGUACCCCCAAAUGUCUCUGGUAAAACCCUAUUUUCUCUCUGCAAACCCAAACCCACCAUUGACGAUGAGAGACGAUCAACAACCACUAGUCAAACGCAAAGGCAAAGGCGAAGAUCUCACCAAAACCCCAUCUUCUCGGAAGCGAUUCCUUGCCGAUCCGCAGCCAAAACAGGGCUCUGCCGCCGCGGCCGCAUCGUCCGAUUCGGCUCUGUCAUCGGACUCAUCUUCCGAUUAUCGGUUCCGUAAGAAAACCAGAGAUCUACCCAAUUUUUCCGAUUGCCAUUGCUGUGGACUCCGAAUCAACACCACAAACCCCAAAGACAAGCUCCAAACCCUAGACAGCUUUUGGCGGAUCGUCCUCCUCUGCAAGAAAUGCAUAAACCGCGUUGACUCUGCCGAAUUGUGCUCGUAUUGCUUCUCGGAGAUUCAGGAGGAGGAUUGCUUCAGAUGCCGAGACUGUGAACGCUGUGUUCACCGUGAUUGUGUCUUGAAGUAUCGUUGUUCUGCGCCCUGGUCGUAUUGUUUUUCAGAAUUAGGGUUUUCGGUUUGUGUUGAUUGUUGGGUACCCAAAUUGCUCGCAAAUUCGAAUAGGGUCUUCAAGAAAAUAAAGAAAAGUAAUGUGAAAUCGUGUCCAGUGGCCAAUUCUAGGGUUUUAGAUGUGGUGAAUGAUGCGAAGAGUGUGGUGGAGAGGAAAGGUUUGGUUGCAGCUAAGGCUAAAGAGAAUGCAUUGAGAAAAGCUGUGGUAGCUAGAAGGGCUGCGAAAUUGGGGAAUGGUGCGUUGGAAUUGGAUGCGAAGAAAGAUGAGAAUGGUGCAAAGAAUGAGUGUUCGGUGAUGAGUAGUAGUGCUUCUGAUAGUACUACUAUGGCUGUUGAUGAUGCAGACCUGGCUUUUCAAUUGCAUCGUGUAAUGAACAGCUCACCAAGGAUUUCAAAGAACUUUGGUUUGAUUAAUUCGGGCUGUUUGACUGUUCCAAGAAUAAGGGACUGUAAUGAUAGUUCAUCGAAUGGGUUAUCUGGCUCAAAGGGGAGUUCUAAUCAUAGUGUUUGUAGGAAGAUUGAGGUAUGGACUAAUAUGGCUUCAGAUUGUGGUUCUCAUGUUGGUUUGGAUAAUUUAAAGGACGGAAUGGUUUAUACAAGGAGGUGUAGAAAGGACAAGGAAUGUCGGGAAAUUGAUGGACAGAUUGUUGGAAAAUGCAACCCUGGUGAUGACAAUAGCCUGAUUUCUGAAUCUAAGUCUUGUUGGAAACAAGAUGAAUUGGAGUGUGAGUUGCAUCCAGAUGACGCUAGAAACCACAGUCGAAUGGUGUGUGAUGGAAAUGCUACCGGGCAUGAUGGAAGAUGCAAUGGCAAGCUUGAUCGCUAUAUGUUGAAGUAUAGCAAGAGGCCUGUUGGCUCGAAAGCAAUUUCAAAUAGUGAAACUAAAAUUCUUGAUGAUGGUGCUUAUGUUGAAAGUAAAGAUACAGCUGCGGGACCUCUGAAUUGUUCAGAGGAAUGUAGAACGUUCUCUGAUGCUUCAUUUCAGUCUAAAACUGUUUCUUUGCAACCUUCAGCUUGUGCAAGUGGUUUGGAUAAUUUAAAGCAGGACGGAAUGGUUUACACAAGGAGGUGUAAAAAGGACAAGGAAUGUCAUGAAAAUGAUGGACAGAUUGUUGGAAACGGCAAUCAUUGUGAUUACAGUACCCUGAUUUCUGAAUCUCAGUCAUGUCAUAAACAAGAUGAGUUGGAGUAUGAGUUGCAUCUAGAUGACACUAGAAACCAAAGUCAAUAUGGAAAUACAGCUAUGCUGCAUGAUGGAAGAUGCAAUGGGAACCUUGAUCGCUAUAUGUUUAAGUAUAGCAAGAGGCCUGUUAUCUUGAAAGCAAUUUCAAAUAGUGAUACUAAAAUUCUUGGUGAUGGUUCUUAUGUUGAAAGUAAAGCUACAGCUGUGGGACCUCUGAAUUUUUCAGAGGAAUGCAGAACAUUCUCUGAUUCUUCAUUUCAGUCUUGCACUGUUUCUUUGCAAGCUUCAGCUUGUGAAAGUGGUUCAUCGCGAGAUCCAUCCUGAAUUAAGCAGGGGACAACAAACAUUUUCACUUCUCAAAUUUGGCUGUUACUUAUUGGAGUUGAGGGCUUCCAUCAUGGUUGAUGAUGUGAAAUUCAAUAAAUAUGUAGAAGCUAUGGUAGAUAUCCACCAGAUACAUGCAUCUGUCACGAUGAGGGAUAGAAGAGCUAAUGCAGAGUUUACUUAGUGGAGAAGUGGCUCAGAUUCCAGAUUGCGCUCUUUUGGAUAUCCCUACUGUAACAAAUUCCGAUGCUGAAAGUUGUGUCAGAUUUGUGAGACCCAUGAUUGUUUCAUUAUGGAGAUAUAUAGUCAGGAAACACUCUUGAUGAGUAUGUAGUAUACUACAUCUGUAAUGAUUGUGUUUCUCAUUGAACUGGUACCACUUGUGCAUUGGAGCUAAUAAUGUUUUCUAACUUCAACUCAACUGUAUAGCUUGUAACUUUCUGUUGAAUCAAAUAAAAAGCUUGAUUUGCAGUGCUUCUUUGCUA